AGACGUCUUGUUUACAGUGGCUGUGCCAGGCCUGCGAAGACCCGUGGCCAGCAACGUGUUACGAUUUUAUUGCUUACCUUUAUUCUUUCGUUACAAGGGUCAGUAUAUGAAACCUCCAAUCUGGAUCGAGGCGGUAGCAACAGGAAGAAGAAGAUAGAGGAAUUCUCUAGGUCUUCUCGGGAGAAACUAGUCCAGUCGAAGAACAAAAUGUUCUCUAAAUUCACGUCCAUUCUCCAGCACGCUGUGGAAGCGCUUGCCCCGUCGCUGCCUUUGCAGGAGGACUUCGUCUAUCACUGGAAGGCCAUUACACAUUAUUACAUUGAGACUUCUGAUGACAAAGCUCCAGUCACAGACACCAACAUCCCAUCCCACCUGGAACAGAUGCUGGACAUCCUGACCCAGGAGGAAGGGGAGAGGGAGUCUGGAGAGACAGGACCCUGCAUGGAGUAUCUCCUACAUCAUAAGAUCCUGGAGACUCUCUACACUUUGGGCAAGGCAGAUUGUCCUCCAGGGAUGAAGCAGCAGGUGCUUACCUUCUACACAAAGCUGCUAGCACACAUUCGUCAACCUCUCCUGCCACACAUUAAUGUCCACAGACCUGUACAGAAACUGAUCCGUCUGUGCGGGGAGGUGCUGGCUGCUCCGACAGAAAACGAAGAGAUUCAGUUCCUUUGUAUAGUCUGUGCCAAACUGAAGCAGGACCCGUACCUUGUCAACUUCUUCCUUGAGAACAAGUCAAAGAGGCCUGAGGCAAAGAGUCCGGAAGAGACUGAGGUGAUGAAGGAGAAUGUGUUGGCUCCAGACACUGGUCAGUCUCCAACAGAGGAGCAGGUUGACCACCCAGAGGAGCCUCAGGCUGCAGCUGCUGCCUCCACCUCCAGUCCAACCAGUAACCAUAACAACAGCAGCAAUUACAAUCUUGUCACCUCGCUGCUUAACCUCACAAAGAGCCCUGAUGGCAGAAUAGUAGUGAAGGCAUGUGAGGGCCUGAUGCUGCUGGUCAGUUUACCUGAGCCGGCAGCUGCCAAGUGUUUAACUGAAAACACUGAGCUCUGUGAGCUCCUGACCGACAGACUGGUCUCCUUCUAUAAAGCCCUACCACAGUCCAUGGACCCCUUGGACAUUGAGACAGUGGAGUCAGUCAACUGGGGUCUGGACGUGUAUAACCUGAAGGAAGACGCUGCUGUGUUCACAGGGAAGAGGGCACUCAUCUCCUUCCUGUCCUGGUUAGAUUACUGCGACCAGCUCAUCAAAGAGGCUCAGAAGUCAGCAGCUGCAGUGAUGGCAAAAGCAGUGAGAGAGAGAUUCUUUGUGUCUGUUAUGGAGCCACAGCUUAUGCAGACGUCCGAGGUAGGCAUCCUGACCUCCACAGCCCUGCUGAACAGGAUCAUCCGGCAGGUGACAUCAGAGGCUCUGCUGCAGGAGAUGAUUUACUUCCUGCUGGGAGAGGAGAGAGAGCCAGAGACUUCAGCCACGAUGGCUCAGAAUCCACUCAGACACCGACUCAUCGAGCACUGCGACCAUCUGUCAGACGAGAUCAGCAUCAUGACACUGCGGCUAUUUGAGCAGUUGAUCCAGAAGCCCAACCAGCACAUCCUCCACAGCUUGGUGCUGCGUAGCCUGGAGGAGAGGAACUACUUGGAGAACAAACCACAGGAGGAGCGGGAGCCCCUGGAGAACGGGCAGCCCCAUGAUGCCGUAGACCUUGAGGAGGAUCCACUGUUUGGUGAUGAUCUCUCUCCAGAUAGCAGGCUGUCUGGUUCUGAUUGGCUGAGCUCAUCUCCACCGCAGAGUCCUGACCACUCAAAGUCUGACGGAAAGACAGAGGUCCAUAAAAUUGUCAACAGUUUCUUGUGUUUGGUGCCUGAUGAGGCGAAGUCAUCCUAUCAUGUUGAAGGCACGGGCUAUGACACCUACCUCAGAGAUGCACACAGACAGUUCAGGGACUAUUGCGGGGUCUGUCAGCGGUGGGACUGGAGGGGCAAUCCAAAGCCUUUUGAGAAGUGUAACCUGGACAGCCCAUUCUUCGAGGGGCACUUCCUCAAGGUUCUCUUCGACAGGAUGGGUCGCAUCCUGGAUCAGCCGUAUGAUGUCAACCUGCAGGUGACCGCCGUGCUGUCCAAGCUGUCUAUGUUUCCACACCCCCACUUACACGAGUACCUGCUGGACCCUUAUAUCAACCUGGCUCCUGGCUGCAGGUCUCUGUUCUCUGUCAUCGUCAGGGUGGUUGGAGAUCUCAUGUUGAGGAUUCAGCGCAUCCCGGACUUCACACCCAAACUGCUGCUCGUGAGGAAGAGAUUAUUAGGUUUGGAGCCAGAGGGCAUCAACAUCGACCACAUGACUCUGCUGGAGGGGGUGAUUGUGCUGGAGGAGUUCUGCAAAGAGCUGGCGGCCAUUGCCUUCGUCAAAUACCACGCGGCCGCCUCUUCAUCGCCGUAACCACCCUACUGUUCAUCCACAUGCCUGGGCCAGGCAGACAGGUCAGGAUUUAACUGGGCCUUUGGGGUGUGGUGGCACUGGUGUCACAGGGUCAGCAAAACAUUACCACUAACUGUUCAUCCCUGUAAGACUGUUAAAGCCCACACAGACGGGUUCAUCACUCCCCCUCUUCUGGCCUCUCGGGCUCCACUUUUAAAAGUCUUUGGUCUUGUUUUUGAGAAGGUCAGAGCACAGACACUGCCCAGCCAGCAGAGGAAUAAAGAGGAGGAGGAUGGAGGUGCAGAGAGAUGGUCAUUGGACUUCUUUCAGCCUCUGUAUUUGUCUCUCACUGCCCCCUCACAUACCAUCUUUCUUCCUCACCAGCCAAAAGAUGAUAGCUCUGUAAUUACUCUGUCAAGGAGAAAAAGAUGUUUGUGUAUUUAUUUUCUGUCCCAUUAUCACCCAUUUGUCAUUGCCUUAGUGUGGUAUCGCACCUUUCAGUUACAGAAGAUUGUUUCCUUUUGAAACACUUUUAUCUGAACUUGUCAUGUUUUGUCUGUUUGAAGACAAGAGGCUGUAGAGAGAAAAAAAAAGCCGUCAACCCCUAGUUGUACCCUGUAGUUACAUAUUGAACUGUAGUAUUUACGAUACUGCACUCGUAUUUUAAAUGCCAAGUCCUAUUAUUUAUUUGUUUGCUUUCAGGUUGCCUUUUUUAACUAAUGUCAUAUUAAGAUCUAAUGAAUUUAAAACAGUCAAAAGUGAGGACUGACUAAGCAGAUGCUAUUUACUUUUUGUUUUCCUUGUAUUAAGUUUCUAAGUGCUUGUGCUCUCUAAGCUCAUCUGUAGUCACCAUCACCCAAAGACGUCACCAUCCAUCACAUUUUGUCAGUGAAAUGGUGAAUUUUUGCAAAGGAUGUGAAUUUGCACACGGACCUCAUUGCAUUGCACUUGUUACAUUAGUGAAAUUUCAUCAUGCUUUUAGGAGAUAUCAAGUUGGCAUUGGUAGAAAGAGACAUUUGAUUCCACAUUAGAUUUUGUUCUCCAGACCCAGUGUUGCAUUUCUCACACACCAGUGUUUAUUUUUAUCCAAGGGAUACUGUGUUUUUUUCUUUUACAUCAUUUAAUCCUCAAUAAUUAUAGUUAAUUCUAUGAUACAGAGAAGCAGACCUCUUCAUUUUAUAGACCGGUGUCUUAAAUGCAUUAUUAACUUAGGACAUAUUGUAGUUUACAGCAAUGGUUCCAGACCUUUUUUGGCUUUUGAUCCCUAAAACAAAGCUAUGACUAUUUGGUAGUUUGUCUGCAAGUUUUGAACAGUUAGACCAAUUUGUGAACUUCUGAGAUUGUUGUCUUUACUUGAAAUUAUCCAGUUAAUUCACAGGAAACGAAGCGAAGAUUCGAGAAAAGUCUGAAAAAGUCUUUGUAGCAAAAAUACAUCAUUCUCCCAUAUUGAUUUUCAUCUCGUGACCUCUUAAAUUUAUCUCAAGACCCAGUCUGGACAGCACUGGCUAACAGUAUCCUAAAAAUUCCUUAGUAGCUUAUCAUGACUUUAUGUGCGGUGCUGCGUUUACUUGCAGUGUUACCUUUCCAUCCUGUUCUUGAAUGACGAGGUGUUGUGUAUUAUUGGAACAGGUUGUUUGGUUAUACAUUACCUGGAUAUCUCGGGAGGGCGUCUGUGACUUAAUCACCUCAAGGAUCAGAGAUUCAUUACAUAAUAUUUGAAUUAGUCUAAAUCAAGAUGCUUCGUAAUGUAACUUUGGUGUUAUAUUCCCAGUGUGAAUGUUUCCAUGAUUAUCGAGCGUGUUUGGCGAUGGGUUUGUUCAUGUGUGAGUGUAAUGGUUUAUUAUUACUGUGGAGAAUGGGCGGAGUCAUCCAUCGACGCCAUGAGCCUUGAGCCUUGUUUUUUUUCUUCCCUUCUCUCUUUCGUCUGGUCCCACUUUAAACCCAUCACUCAAGCACCUAAGCUACAUUAUGCAACUGCUUGCAUGGAAUCCGAUUUGCACAUUGUCUUUCUUCAUAUAUGUUCAUAAUGUAAAUAUACACAACAAAAAGCUUUUUGUUUUUCUCCAAAUGUUUUCAUAAACCAAAAAAAAAAAAUCUAGGAUG